UGAAUCUUUUGAUUUUUCUUUUUUGUCUGGUCAUUAUUCUACUUAGCUUUUUGUUUUAGAUUUUUUUAAAUGAAAAGUUAAGGAUCGAAUAAUAUAAUAUCUAGUGUUUUCAGAAACUAACCUGGUUUGCUUCUUCACAUGAGAACAAUCGGCCACAACAUCCAAUCACAGAUAGAUCAUAAAUUCCAGUUUAAUGAAAAUUUUAGUGAAACUGCUUGAAAAGAAGCUGAUUCAGUACCACAAAUUUAGAAAAAAUGUUUCAAAAUUGUUAUUUCCAAAAACUCUAUACACAAUGGUAGAGGGGCAAAGUGCUUCCAAAGAAAGAUUUCUAUCCUACAGCAACUAGAAGAGACCAUAAUGUAUGACAUGAUUGUAUCCAUUACACAAGCACAUCUCGCACACUGUGCCUAUACCCAGGCAAAGACACAAGGGCUACUCAGGAAGCCAGUCGUGUUUUCUGGCAUCAAUGGUCAGCAGAGUGUGGGUGUGCAGAAGGUGAUGGUCUGGCAACAGUUUGCCUCUCUACUAUCUCCUUCCAUCCCACAAGUGGUGGAAUUCGCCAAGCGGAUCCCAUCCUUCCAGGAACUCCAUCAGGAUGAUCAACUGCUCUGCAUCAAGCUGGGUUUUUUUGAAGUAUGGCUAGUGCAUGCUUCUCGUCUAUCCAAUGAGUCUGGCCUUACUUUUGAAGAUGGGACCUAUAUUUCCAGACAGUACUUGGAGCUGAUGUUUGAUAGGGAGUUUGUUACAAUGGUCUUCAACUUUGUUUGUUGGAUCAAUAACCUACACUUAAGUGACUAUGUUAUUGGCCUCUAUGCAGCUGCUGUACUUGUUUCUGCAGAACGUGAUGGUCUUUACGACCAUAAAGCCUUACAACCUCUUCAGGAGCAAAUCUUGGAAGCCCUCCGGCAGAAAGUGACCGAGGAGCAUUCAAGUGAACCGCACAUCUUCCCUGCCCUUGUUGCCAAGCUCCAGGACCUCCACUUGCUGGGCCGUAACCACCUGGAGCAUCUACGCUGGUUCAGAACCAACUGGAUGCAUCUGAGGCUUUCGCCUCUCUUCGCUGAAGUUUUUGACAUUCCACAACAUGAUGUGGCACAAAGGUGAAGAGGUCCCAGCCUAACUCCUGAUGUUCUAAGUUAUUAACUGCUUCAGAGAAUGUCAUUCUUGUAGAUAUUCUUGGGCCACCUUUUCUCUGUCAUUGGUGUAUACAUGUGGAUCAUUUAGUGUUUAUUAAAUUGUUCUUUGCAGUAAGAACAAUUCGAGAGAAAAUUUUCUUUUGGGUGCAAAAUGUUUUAGUUGUUUGGACACUCAAAACUUAUAUUUUGUUUUUAUACAAAAAUCUGGAAUUCAUCAGCUGUCUAUUAUUUUGGUCAGAUAAUAUUUCAGUUCUGUGCAGUGAGUUUCCAAAGUAGAUAUCAAAAACUUUUCUGAAAAGAUUUCAGAGAAAUUUAUCCACUUUAGAGCUAAAUAUGAUGAUCUCACUUUGAUUGUGACAGUAAAUGUUUUUGCUUGAUAUUGUGAUGAAAAUUGAAAUUGUAUUUUUAGUUCAAUAUUUUUUCCCACCCUAGUUUGUAAGAUGUGUCUGCUCCUAAUAUGUAAUUAUUUUAAUGUAACUUUCAGCUAAGCAAAACGAAGCAAAAUUAUAAAAUAGCCAAAUUAUAAUCUGAAUGAUGCUUUAACCAUGAAGUUUACAAAAAUAAAAAAUCAUUUUGCUUUGGAUCCAAACAUAAAUAGCUUGACCACUUACAGAAUUACUUAAGCUUAUUUAAUCUAGCAGUCAUUAAAAGCUUUGAGACCAUUUCUGAUUGAACUAAACUGCUAAAAUAGAAUUAUUUAUGAAUUACACAAGCAGUAAGUACAAGAAUUAUAAUCCAGCUAUUUGGCAAUUUAUUAAACACUAGAAGAUCGAUUUUUAAUUCUUUAACUUGCUGCAUUCUCUAACCUAUUAUUUAAAACCUCUGUUCUCUCUUUAUCCAUAUACAAAGUUUCUGUUACUUGGCAAGUGUAGGAGAGAUGGAAAGAAAUGUUACUAAUGAGAAUAUAAUGUGGUGCCUGAUUGAAAUGCUUUUCUCUACAUAGACCUGCUCUGUCAGGUUUCCUUCUUUCAAGAAAACACAUUCAUUCUCUAUUUGUUUUUAUCACUUCUGUGAAAUACAUUCACUUCAUGUGUUGUCAUUUUGUGCAUCAUCUAAACUUCAUGCUGUAAUGUCAUAUCCUUUUUCCUUCUGUAAGAUGAGAAAUGUUUCCCCAAAUUAUAUUGGUUCAAUUCAUUUAAUGUUUAUUGUGAGCUUGAAGUGGCUCCACAGGGUCACAUUUAAUUUCAUGUGAAGAGUUGGUAAUCUUAUUGAUUUUAAAUGAGGUUUCAAGGUGGCAUUGGCAUAAGAAAAAAUAUCCAUCUUUAUAACAUUUGGACUGUAUAUGGAUUGAAGUAUUAGAAAUCAAUUUAAAUUCAUUUGGAAUUUCAGAUAUAUAUUUUUAUAAUAAGGUUGUUAUUAACAUCAUCUUAUCUAUUUGAUGUUGAGAUUACAUUGUUUAGUAUUAACAUCAGUAUUCAAUUUUUUUUAAAGUUUAGGUAAGACUAUCUUUUUGAUCAAAAUGUAUUUAAACAUAUUAUUAAUGGAUCAAAGGAAUGAGGGAAUAUAUUUUUAGUAUGGAGGAGGGAAGAAAAAUGUAACAUUUCCUAUAAUAAAAUUGAAACUGUUGUUUUCAACUUUCUAACAUUUUGAACUUAACUUUCUGUGUUGGAUUCAAUUAUAUCUUGUCUUUUGCAGAAGAUCCCUCCCCAAACAGAUUUUAGAAUUUUGAUGAAUUUCAAAAACUUUUUUUUGUUUUGUUUUCGUAACAAUUUUUUGUUUGUGGAAUGCAUUAAUUUUUAUUAUUUUCAAUUUACCCCUCCUUUUUUUUUCUCAUUUCUAACAAGAACCUGUAGUAGGAGGUUGAUUUGCAUCAUAUGCUGGGUAUAUUGUGGUGAAAUUGGAGUCUUGAGCCAUUAAAUUUGCAUGCUGAAAGUUUUGGCUAAGCAAAUGAAAGUUUCAAUAAUGUAGCAAAAAUUGCUGCGAGACAAGCCCUCCACAAUGAAAUGUAGGAACUCUAAUAGUUUCCGAUCAAGAUGCCUUUUCUUCAUUAAUUGCAAGACAGUAUUAGCAAAAUUUGGUGACUUUUUCAUAAAGCAAAUUGUAUUUUUGAGAUUAUAUUAUUGAAUGCUUAUAGAGUUACAUGAUUCAGCUGAUUAUUGAUUUAUGAUGUGGAAAAUUAUUCUGCCUUUGUAUUUGCAGUCAUGGGUCAAUCAGCAUCUUUGAAAGAAAAUAUUGAAUUUUCAUUUUAGAAUUGAUAAAAAAUUGCAAUCAAACAUUUUAUUUUAUUUCAUUGAUUAGUAUAUUUAUUAUUUACUAAGAUUUUUUUUUUUUUUUGUACAGAAGAACUUCUAAAAUCAAAAUGUUUAUUGAGUUAUUGUUAUCCUAACAGAAUUAAUAUUCUUAUUAUUUAUAUGCAUAUUUGUGUGUUUUUGUUGGUAAUGUGAUUGUGUUCUAAAAAUAUUGUAAAUUCUUUUGAAGUAUGGCAUAAGUCUUAAUUGUGAAGAAUUGCUUUCUUUUUAUAAUAAUACUACUAUUAUUGAAAAAUCAAAAAAAAUUAUUUCAAAGAUUGCUUUAUAGCUGUUAAUUUAUUUUGUUCUAUUUAUUAUGUUACUGUUAUGUAGUUUUUUGAAGUGGCAGCUCUAUUUGUCUGGUUACUGAAAUUUUUGAAAAGUUUAAUGUUUGCAACCAGGCUGAGUGCAGUUUGUUCUGUAGGAUUGAAUCAGAAUUUCUCAUUUAUAUCACAUGAGCCUUUUUUAUAUUUUCUUCUUUAAUAUAUUUCUGAAUAAACAUAGUGUAUUUUUCAGAGAAAUUAUUAUGAAGAAGAGCUCAAAAGUGAGAUCUUUUCAUAUUGUCAUAUCUUACUCUUUUAAUUCCCGGAUUUUACUUAUACUCUUAUAUGAAGUAAACCAAAUAAAAUCUAAAAGUUAAGAUAAUAUGCUAAUUACUUUAAGGAAAAGAGGUGUUUUUUACUCACUUUUAUUUGUCUCGUUUCAUUUUUGUGAGAUGGAAUUUUGUAAUUAAUUUUUUACUCAUUACCAGAUGGUAAAGAGUUCUGCAAAAUUGUAUACAGCAUUUAUUAAUUAUUCAUAAUUAAAUUUGAUUGGAUUUAUUUAAAUUUUUGAUUCUGUAUAUAUGAUGUCUUCUGGUAGUGAAUUUGAAAGAAUAUUUAUUAUAACGAAAAACUAGAAGGGGAAAAAAAAUUUUAAUUAUGGUAGUGCAUUAAUAAAAUCAUUUUUGUGAACAGUGUUUUUUAAUAAAUGAAUAUUAAUCAGAUUAACAGAACCUGUUUGUUAGGAGAUGUGUAUAGAAAGAAAAUGUUUAUAUAAAUAUUUCUAGAGAAUGCCUUACUGAGAGAUAUUUUAUUGGAAGUUAUUUUUGUCGUUUGAUAUUUUUAUCAUGUAUAAAAGAAGAAGUUGUAGCUAACAAUGUGUGUGCACUUAAUGUCAUGGUAUUGCAGCAAGUAUGAGCUACUGUAAUGUUGUGUUGUACACCUUCAACCAUCACUGCCACUUCCACAGAGAUGGCCUUCAUAUCACGACUUCUUAGCCAAACUGUGGAGUUUGUAGUAUUCUGAGGAAUCAGUAAAUAAAAAAAAAAUUUCAUACUAUGCA